CGCGGGGCCAAAGAACAUCGCUAUCAUAGGUGCCGGCGCCAGCGGUCUCGCUGUAUUGAAGGCCGUACUCGAUGCACCACAGUUCAAGGCGGGCCAGUGGAAGGUGAUGUUGUACGAGGCGCGCGACGAUAUUGGAGGAAUAUGGAACCCCAUCGAACCCAUCCAUGACCCGCCCCUCACUCCGCUUUACGACGCCGUCUUCACUAACAUUCCACACCCCAUUAUGGCGUACACGAGUUGGAAAUUCCCGCCUGAGACGCCUCUCUUCCCCACGCACGAGCAAGUACACGAGUAUUUCAAGAGCUACGCGAAGCACUUCAACUUGACGCCGCACAUACGAUUCAACUCGCGGGUCAAGCUUGCGGAGAGGGUAGAUGAUAGGUGGAGGAUCACGUUGGAGGGCGUCGACGAGCAGACAGACGGCGAUCAAUUCCCCGCCGACCUUCUGGUCGUCGCGAACGGGCACUACCGCAAGCCGCGCUAUCCUAACGUCCCCGGCGUUCAGGCCUGGCUCGACGCCGGGAAGGCGAAACACUCCACGUGGUACCGGCGCCCCUCUGACCUUGGGCGCAAGCUUCUCAUUGUCGGUGGCGGACCUUCUGGCACUGACAUCUCCGACGACCUCCGCGACCACGCCGACACCAUCCUCCACUCCGCGACCGAACCGCCCAAGCAUCGCUUCUCGAACAUCCACGCCCGCCCGCGCGUCGCUGAAUUCGGCGACCCCGAAACCGGUACCGUGCGCUUCGCCGACGGGACCGUCGAGUCGGGCAUCGACUACACCAUCCUCGCGACCGGGUACCAAUUCUGGCUGCCCUUCCUCCCCGAGGACGUCCUCAAGGUCGCCGAGCCGCCCAAAGCCCCGCCCCUCCCAGACGACCUCUACAACACCACCUACAACCUCUUCCCCCUCGCGCGCAACGUCUGGCCCUUCCAGUUGAACUACCCGCCGCACACGCUCGCCUUCAUCGGUCUCGCGCGCCACGUCAUCACCUGGCCCGUCAUGGAGGCCGAGGCGCGCGCCGCGCUCGCCG